AUGGCGUAUCGGUCGAGUAUUGGAAUCGUGUUUUUGGCAUGUUUAGUUGUGCUAGCAUCGUCAGCAGGACCAAAGAAUUCUAGGGGAAAACCCGCAAACCCACCGCCAAGAUCUGUCGCCGAUCCCGAGAAAGACGCUGAGAUCACAAGCUCCUGUCCAGAGGACGGAUUCUUCGCGGACGCUGAGCAAUGCGACAAAUACUACGAGUGCAGAAACGGGGAGAUCAUAGAGAAGCUCUGCCCUGAUGGCAUGGUAUUCAACGACUACAGUCCUCAGGAAGAGAAAUGUGAUCUACCCUUCAACCUCGAUUGUUCGCAGCGACCGAAGCUACAGACACCAAUACCGGCGCUUCACUGCCCCCGUCAGAACGGAUACUUCUCACACGAGGACCCCAAGGAGUGUGGCAAAUUCUACUACUGCGUAGAUGGCAAAUACAACAUGAUAACGUGCCCCGAUGGUCUGGUAUACAACGACAAGACCGGCAUCUGCACUUGGCCCGAUGAGGCUAAGAAGAAGGGUUGCGGAGCUGCUGAGGUAUUCCAAUUUGACUGCCCCACUGUAAAUGAAACUUUUGGACUAACGCACCCUCGCUACGCCGACCCAGAAGAUUGUCAGUUCUUCUACGUUUGCAUUAAUGGCAAUACUCCACGUCGUUCUGGUUGUAAGCUGGGACAAGCCUUUGAUGAUGUCAGCAAGAAAUGCGAAUGGGCAAGAAAGGUUCCUGAAUGUGCGGACUGGUACAAAGGUCAACUGACUGACGCCGAGCUCGAUGCUUUAGAGAACCCGCCUACACCAAAACCCAAACCAGCCGGCUCCCAACCCUCAAGACGUAAACCACAGCGUCCGAAAGCAAAAGAAGUCGAAAUUGAAGAG